GUGUCAUAGCAAUAGGUAUUACAUUAUCUAUGUUUCGGCGACACAAUGUAAAAAAUUCAAAUGGAUUCGAAACCACUACUACUGCUAUUGAACCACAACCGAGAGAAGUAAACGACUUCGUAGAAUCAGGAUCCCUAGACGAACCAAGUACAUUGGAGUUGGAACAAGAAAAUAUUAUAGUACCAAAUCAUGAUUUAAUUAUGUUACAACAUAAAAAUCAAGCAAAAAAUAAUAAUUAUAAAUUACCGGAAAGAAGCAAUUUUGACAUUAAUUUUGAUGAAAUUGGGGAGAAUAGUAAUGCUGUUUAUUUAAAAAAAUAA